CGCGUGGGUCGGAAGCGGUCGCGGCGGCUGUGGAGGUAGGAAAAUGGCGGCGGCCGCCGCGCAGCUCACCGACGAGGAACUCUUCUGCGAGCUGAGGCGGCUCGGCUUCUCCCCGGGGCCUGUCACCGAGAGCACCCGGCCAGUCUACCUGAAAAAGCUCAAGAAGCUGCGCGAGGAAGAGCGGGCGGGCGGGGCCGCCGCUAGCAAGACCCGGAACAGUAACAACAAUAACCCGGGGGCAGCGGCGGCGACAGCAGGAGGAGACGGGGGCGGCGGCGGCUUGGAAACGAGGCUGCCCGGCGCUGACCUCGCCUCUCUGUCGCGGGCGGCUGGGAGUGGGAGUGGCCGGGCCCGCGCAGCUCCCCUCGGCGGCGGCAAGGUGCUGCUGGGCUUCAGCUCGGACGAGUCGGAUGCGGAGGCCAGCCCCAGGGGCCAGGCUGGCGCCGUUGGGAGCCGGAGGGAGCGGGCGUCAGCCUCGCGCCGAGACCCGAGGCCUGCGGCUGCCCUCGCCAACAGCGCCUCGCUGCCUGAGGCGUCGGCCCGGAGGAAGCCCAAUGCCUGGUGGGGGGCGGUGGCUAGGCGGCCGGCGGUGGCUUGGGAUCGAGAGGACGGCGGCAGGGAAGUCGGGAACGGCCAGGAGGAGGACGACGACGACGACGAGCGGGAGCCGCAGCGCUGUAAGAACCGGGCGGUGAACGGGAACAGGUUCCUUUCCCACGGGGGCCUCAGGAAGAGGGAUAAGUACUCGGACUCCGAGGAGGAGGAGGAGGAAGAGGGCGAGGCGACAGUGGCGGAGACGAAGCAGCAGGUGUGGAAAGAGGAGCCUCUGGCCCGCCACUACCUGGCCAGGAAAAGCCCGGGCAAAUCUGCUGGCCCGUUUGCCGUCCAUAAAGGGGCCGCGGCCAGCGACGACCUGAGGGAGACGUGCUCGGGACCGGGUGCAGCCGGCGCCUUCUCGGCGAGCGACAGGGCAGCGGCGGAUGCCUCGGCCCGUGGGGAUAGGGGGAGGGAGGAGGAGGAGGAGGGGGCAGCGGCAAGCAGAGGAGGCGAAUAUUUGGACUCCAGCCCGCUCCUCCCCAGAUACCGCUGCGGCUCCUCAAAGAAAUCCCACCCGCUUUUGUUGCCUCCGCUGCUGGCUGACUUGGGCGGUAGCAAAAUGACGGAUUCUUUGGGCACUAACAGGAAACCAGCCAACAAUCACGUUCUCACUGGUGCAGGCGGAGGCUACGGCCUUGAACCCAGGAUAUAUACUGCUGCCAACAGCCUCUCUCCGGGUGCUCCCGCUUCCUCCUCCAUUAGAGUAAAUCACUCCAACCACACAGGUUCGAAUCAUACCUAUCUGAAAAACACGUUCAAACAGAAGCUCUCCGAGCCCGAGGAGGCUCUCCUGCAGCAGUUCAAGAGAGAAGAAGUAUCCACCACGGGAGGCUUCAGCGCUCACUACCUGUCUAUGUUCCUUCUAACUGCUGCAUGCUUAUUCUUUCUGAUUCUGGGACUCACUUACCUAAGAAUGAGAGGUUCCGGAGUAACCGAGGAUGUGGGAGUUGACAAUAAAAAUCUGUUCACAGAAGAAAUGAUACAAGCAAAUCUCAUGAACAGCUUAUACAAACUUCAUGAUAAGUUGGCACAAAUAGCAGGAGAUCAUGAAUGUGGCAACUCUGACAAGAAAGGUCUUUCCAUCCAGGAGGCGGGUGAAUAUUUAAAAAAUUUAGGUCCAGAAUAUGAAAAAGAGCUUAACAAAUCCCUGCAAUGGAUUAUAAAAAGUGGAGAAGAUGUUGGCAUAAAAUGUGUUGGCCACAACUCUGAGGAAUCCAUAGCUAAUACAACUGAUAUAAAAUAUCUGAUAUCAACCCGGCCACAGAUGUCAUUUACAUGUCGUUUUCGCCGUGCAUUCAUUACUGUAACAUGUAGAUCAUUAAUUUUGCUUUUAGGUGUAGGAAUUAUUUGGGCAGUGUUGAGGUAUAUGAAAUAUCGGUGGUCUAAGGAGGAAGAGGAGACUAGACAAAUGUAUGAUAUGGUUGUAAAAAUUAUAGAUGUCCUAAGAAGCCACAGUGAAGCAUGCCAAGAAAGCAAAGACUUGCAGCCAUAUAUGCCUAUUCCACAUGUACGAGAUUCUUUGAUUCCACCUCAAAACAGGAAAAAAAUGAAGAAAGUAUGGAAUCGGGCUGUUGAUUUUCUUGCUGCUAAUGAAUCUAGAGUUCGCACAGAAACACGGAGAAUAGGUGGUGCUGAUUUCCUGGUUUGGAGAUGGAUACAGCCAUCUGCACCAUGUGACAAAAUGUUGGUCAUACCAUCUAAAGUAUGGCAGGGGCAAGCUUUUCAUUUAGAUAGAAGAAAUUCACCCCCAAAUAGUUUGACACCAUGCCUAAAGAUUCGCAAUAUGUUUGAUCCAGUUAUGGAAAUAGGCGAUCAUUGGCAUUUGGCAAUUCAAGAGGCAAUCUUGGAAAAAUGCAGUGAUAACGAGGGAAUCGUUCAUAUAGCAGUGGACAAAAAUUCACGGGAGGGUUGUGUAUAUGUCAAAUGCUUGUCUCCAGAAUAUGCUGGAAAGGCUUUUAAGGCAUUACAUGGAUCUUGGUUUGAUGGAAAACUGGUAACAGUAAAAUAUCUACGGCUAGAUCGAUAUCAUCACCGUUUCCCCCAGGCUAUUACUUGUAAUGCUCCCUUGAAGCCGUCAAACACACACAUGAACUCGAUGUCGCAUCUUCGUCUCCGCACAGGCACAACUAACUCUCAGGGAAACUCCUGAGACAUCACUACUAGAACUGCUAACUUGCCACAGGAAAACUUCCUGUCUGGUCCUGUCUUCCACUUUUAGUAUUUUUUCUAUGUAACAUUUUCAUUAAUCCACGUUCCAGAAGUCUCAUUUUUCAGAAUGUCUGAGUAAUGAGACAGUAAUACUGAACUAAAAGAACAAUUGCUCUUUGAAGUGUGUUGGAGCUCAAGCAAACCAACCCAUUUUUGCAUGACAGAUGUGGAACUUCCUAAACAUUCUCAGAUGUGGCUGUAUUUUUGCACCAACAAGUGUUUGAUAACAAUCUAAAAGCAUGGAGAUGUACUGUAUUUCCAUAAUUUCCUGUGAAAUAAUCUUGUGGGUAUUUUGUAACAAAACUACCUACAGUUUCUGAUGGCAAGUGAAUAGAAGUAUUUCUUUCUGUCCGGUCUUUGGUUUCUGUUGCUAUAAAAGCUUUAUCUGUGUCAGCCUGGGGAUGGAAAAGAAAUUUUUGUUUUGGUGGUUAUUGAGGGGAAACCAACUUAAUGCAGAUGUACUGGUUUUGUAUAUAAAUGUAAAUGCUGGUGGUGGCAGCAAAGUAAUCUUGUUUUGUGAGAAUGUCUGCAUUAAAGCAGUGAAUAAGCUUCCUGUUUUAUUCAUAACCUAAUGUUUUAUAUAUUUUGGCUGUACCGUUACAUAAAGGUCAAAGAGCCAAACACCUUGAAGUAUUAGAUACAAGUUAAAUAUCUUUUAUAGAUUUUAUAUUAAAAUAUCUGGUUAUGAUUUUGUGUGAAUGGUCUGAUAUUGUAAUUGUGAUGAUGGAUUCAAAAUUAUGUGAGCAAUAAAGAAGCAAUUGGCAGGUACUCAAACACUUUGUGAAAAGCUGUUAUUUAUUACAAAAGGAAGGCAGUGGCAAUGUACCACUGGGACAAUAGACUUUUUCCUAUAUGGUUUUGCUACCUAGACAUGUAAAACUAAAAAGAUGCACAUAUUUUGGAAACAAAAUUUUGGUUGUAAGAGCUUAGAAAUGCAGUACAUUUACAUGAAGAGCUGUAUAUGUUUCUAUAUUAAAUUUGUGCAUUGUUUACACCUAAAACUACAAAAUUGUUAAGACUUUUAGUUGAAAAUAUAAAAUCAUUGGAUACAACAAUUCUUGUCAAUGCAGCAUAAUUUGUCAAUCCAGUUGGUUAUUGUAUAGGUGAAGAGAUGGGAAGCCAACCAGUUUAAAAUACAUUUAUUAAAGCCCAGUUUUAUUGUAGAUAUGGAUCUGCAGCAUGAACUUGCACAAAUAAUGCACGUUUUCUUAUGGUUAAGUGAACAUGAUGCACACUGUUCUGCAACAGAAAACCCUAUUGUGCCUUACCUUUGUGCUUUUUGUGGGCAACAUGUUUAAUAAUGGAGGGUUUCUUAUCUGAAAAAAAAAACCUGUUUAGUCUGUUUUAUGUCUUGGAUGCUAACACUUAUGUGUAAUAUAAUCAGCCAUGCAAAAUUCUACUCACCAAGAGCAAGUACAUAUUUUUGACAAGUGAGUAGAUUUUUGUUAAGUCUGGUAGAUUUUUCAUGAGUUUUACGAUAUACAUAUACAAAUAUGUAUAAUAUACAUGUAUAUGUAUGAUAUGUAUAUAAUCAGAUUUUGCUGUAUUUGUGCAUCAUAGUGAUUUAUUGACCUGAUCUUAGUAACCAUCUUGUGAUCUGUUGCAAGUGUGAAUGUAAAAUUAGUUGUGGCAGUUUAAAAGGUUGCCUUUUGAUGCUGAUGCAUCGUUCUUGCUUCUAAACUAUUUGUAAACACUGUACAUUUAUAAUAGUUAUCUGUACUAUUAUGUGGCUUAUUUUACCUAAAGAUGUUGACCAAUAUUCCUUCCUGCAAGACAGAUGGGAUUGUGUAUAAUACGUUGGACACUUGAGAAAAUCAGAUGUUUGUAAUUUGUCAUUUGUCCUGUAAAAACACAAAAGCAAAACAAAACUAAUUAAAGAUUUAUUAGGGCUUUUUA